AUGAAGUCUCCCCAUCUCUUUCUGCCAUUUUUGACGGCUGCUACCCUUCUACUUCUCAGUUUUUUUCUACAACUGACCGCCGCCGAUCUGAUGCGCAAGUCAAUCGUCUUCGACCCGAAGACACCGAAGGUCUUCUACUGUCCUCAGGAUAAGCCGGUGGACAUGAGCAAGAUAGUGGUGAAGGCGAUCAGUCUUGAGAAGCUCUGCGAGUACGGACCCAACGGCCUGCCCAAGGGCGCCAAAUCGGACUGCUACAAUGACGUGGACGAGUCGGAGUACGCCUGUGCUGAGAAACAGCGCAUUGAGCUUCGCAUCAGUCCGCCAACCGACACCGAGACGACCACCAUGUUUCCCACGCCAGACGCCCCUGAGCACAUCAAGGCCAAGAAGGAGCUGCAUCUGGAGAAGAAAAAGUCCACCAAGUUUAAUGGAAAGAAGGUUUAG